AUGAAUUACUUGCAAACGGCGAAUCCUUACGACACAGAAUUCAGCGUGAUCGACACAGACAUUGUCAAGAAGCCACAAAAUGAAACUGGAAAAGUUGGGCCACUCUCAGCAGUAGAGGAAAUGCAGCAUGCCGAGCUGAUGAAAAAGGCUUCGAAAGUAGUCCGGAAAUUGACUUCAAGGGCUCCAGGAAGCGGCCGCAAGGUUUUUCUUGCUCGACAUGGUGAAAGAAUUGACGAAGUGUUUCCUGGGUGGGAAAGAACUUCGUUUACAGACUUUUGGGAUUAUAAACCAAGCGAUCUCAACAUGCCGAUGACUCUACCAUCAAGGAUCAACGGGCCGAGAGAUUUUAUCAAUGACCCUCCAUUGACUGAGUUCGGAUACGUCACUGCGCAGAUGAUCGGACGCGGCGCAAGACUGUCAGAGAUUAUCUUCCACUACGUGUAUUGUAGCCCUGCGUUCCGAUGUAUUCAAAGCGCCCAUGGGUUCCUCAAAGCGUUCCCAGAGACCAAAACGAAGAUUCGUAUAGAACCUGGCCUUUUCGAAUUCAUGGCAGAUUACAAAAACUCCACUCUGACGUGGAUGACGACAGAACAGAUUGUUUCUCUAGGCUAUGAAAUCGAUGUGGCAUACACUCCGAUCAUAAGCAGAGACGAUAUCAGAGGCAGAGUUAUUAACCAGAUCAUCGACUGGCACGAAUAUUCGCCAGUUAAUAUUUUGCUCUUUACACAUGCUGCGAUGAUGGACGCCUUCUCACGCCCGUUAAUCAAGAGAAAGUCGUUGCCAAGCAUGGACGAGAUGAAAAAGAUGAGCGAAUAUUAUCCAUACGGAGCGGUUAUUGCUCUGGAAGAACAAGCAGGUGGAAGAAAAUGGCAAUUAAUGCCAUCUGCAAUGCCGCCAAUUAGUUUCUUUAACUUUACAAACAGGAUUAAUUUCCGAUUUUUCAAUCGUAGCUGA